AACUUCCAAUUGUAAGCCACUCCUUUGACAAGCCGAUGAUGAAGCUGUUACUAGUUGACAUUAUUCUUUUUCUUAGUACCUUUUUAUUCAGCCCUAGUAUUCUACAGCAGGUCCAGGGACAGCAAGUAUGUGCACAGAGAUUCAUGGAUCUGUCACUAGUGACAUACAGAGCAGAAAGAUUACAAGUAAUGGAACAAGGGAAUGACAUGAACAAUGAACUAAGAAUACUUCAAGAGUAUCAGUUUAAUUGUUCAUCUACUAGCAUAACCAGUCUUAUGCUGGGUAUUGAUGUCAGAAGAGUCACUAAUAGUCGUGAUUUGUUUCCUAGCGUUCGUGUCUUUAGAAGGAACAGUAAUAAUCCUAAUCGAUACAAUGCAGUGACUGGUAGUGAGAGGACUAUUUAUUAUUCUACCUCUAAUGUCAGUACUAGUGGAGUGUUUGAAUAUCCACUCAAUCCUCCUAUACCAGUAAUGAGUGGAGACCUGUUGGCUGUAUCACAACCAGAACAACGUGAUAGUGUUGUCAGAGUCUAUUACAUUGAUGGAAUUAGUUUCAGAAGUAAUUCAGAAAUGUUAAAUGACAAUACAAUUGACUUAAGAAAUUCUUUAACAACAAACCAGUUGAUAUUAGUAUAUCCAGUAACAGAUGGAUACUGUGUUAAUAGCACCAAUUUAAUAACAUCUUCAGUUAUUAAACAAAAUGCUCUUAUGAUUCAUGAAUCAAAGCUACCUAAUCAAGACAGGCAAUUCUUGUAUCCAGAGAUUGUGUUAUCCUGCAAUGGAACAAUCACAAAAUGGAUCUUUGGAGGCAUUGGGAAUGGAAAUCAAGCUGAACCAGAGCUUCAGAUAUGGCGUCAACAAGGCACAAACAAUUACAAUAAAAUAGGAUCUAGUUUAGUUAAUGCUAAUACAAUGAUUGGUACUAAUCUCUAUCAGUUUGUUCCUCAGACCCCAUUACAGUUUGUAGAAGGAGACAUAUUUGGUGUGCACAUUCCAAGAGAUCAGGUAUAUUUAUACGAACAAAAAGAGAGUGGGCCAAUAAACUUGCGUGUUGAUGGCAGUGCUGCUAACCCUCUAUCAACAAUUACUGAUGCUCUACACACAGAAGGAGCUAACGACUUUCCACUAGUAACAGUUGAAAUAAGCACUUCCACUACGAGUAUUACCAUUACAACAUCAAUGGUGUCCUCAAGCGUUUCUUCAUUUACAGCUAAUACUAUGAGUACCACUGCUUCAAGCAAAACUUUAUCUACCAGCAGUAUUACAUAUACUAGCAAUGUGGUAAUUAUACACAGUAGUUACAUGUCCAGUUUGACUAAUUCUUCGUUUGUUUUUCCAACUUUACCAGAGGCGGCAUCAAAUCCAACAGGUGGCAUUGUUGCUGCUGUUCUAGUCAUUCUAAUUGCAGUACUAGUAUCAGUGGUGUUCACAUCAGUCAUUGGUUAUUACAUAGCAAUGAAAAGGAAGCGGCAACAGAUAAAAACUAGUGUCAAUAUAGCAUACAGUGCAAACAGUGUGGAUGUCUAUCAUGCACAAGUUGUUAAUAAGGAUCAUGAUUUAGUGCUAAAGAAUGAAUUAUACAGCUCAAUGGCAUCUUCCAGUCCUCCUCCAGAUACUAAUAGAUCCAGUAUGGUGUCAAACCCAGUUUAUGUAGCAGCUGCUCAAAUUAAUAAUGAUACCACUAAGCAAGGGGCAUCUUCCAGCAGUCCUCCUCCAAAUAGAUCCAGUUUGCUGCCGAACCCGGUUUAUUUAGCAGCUGCUCAAAUUAAUGGUGCCACUAAGCAAGGAGCAAUGCCUUCUAUCCCAGAUAUCGAAGUGCCUCAAUGACAACUUGCUCUAAUUUUUUAUGUCUAUAUUGCUAAUAAUUAUAUGAGUAAUGUGUCUUCAAUAUUGUUGUAGAGUUAUAACAAAUAUUAUU